AUGGUUGUUUUCUUGAAACCCGAAUCCAAACUACCAACAGGCGAGGACAUAGAUAGAUUUAUAUCAGCAGAGAUACCGGACAAGGACUUGGAUCCAAUUUUGUACGAAAUAGUUGGAGACUUGAUGAUACAUGGUCCAUGCGGUGAUGACAAUCCAAAAAAUGUUUGUAUGCAUGAGAAAAGGUGUACAAAAUUUUUUCCUAAGCCUACUGGAUCAGUUACUAAAAUCGAUGAUGCUGGCUUCCCCAACUAUAGACGCCGUAUGGAUCAAAGAACCAUUCUGAAGAGGGGUGUUUUGUGUGAUAACCGAUAUGUUGUCCCAUAUAAUCCAGAUCUCUUAAAGCGUUUUCGGGCACAUGUUAACGUUGAGUGGUGCAACCAAACCAGGUCUAUAAAGUACCUAUUCAAAUAUAUAAACAAGGGUCCAGAUUACAUUAGAGCAGCAAUCGAGGAUGAAGACGGUAACCCCGUUAUAUCCCAAGAUGAGGUUGAGCAACAUUACAAUUGCAGAUACAUUUCACCGUAUGAAUCAUCAUGGAGGCUUCUAAAGAUUCCUACACAGUACCGAACCACGGCAGUAAUGCAACUUUCAUUUCAUUUGCCUGGUAAACAAAUGUGUAUAUAUCACGAAGGAGAGAGCGUUGACCAAGUCUUAAACAAGGCAUCGGUAGGUCAGUCACAAUUUCUAGCGUGGAUGGAGGCAAACAAGGAACAUGCCUUGGCAAAUGAGCUAACAUAUGCUGAUUUCCCAACAAAAUUCGUCUGGAUCUCAAAGCAGCGGCAAUGGAGAAUACGAAAACAAGGUUUUGCCAUAGGCAGACUGGUGUAUGUCUCACCUUCCGCCGAAGACGCAUAUCAUUUGAGGAUUCUUCUCAAUAUAGUCAAGGGCCCUGAGAGUUUUGAUGACUUAAAAAAGGUUAAUGGUGUUAUAUACUCUUCUUUCCGAGAAGCAUGCUUUGCGCUUGGUUUGUUUGACGAUGAUAAAGAAUACAUCGAAGGAAUUAAAGAGGCCAGUUUUUGGGGAACUGGAAAGUUUCUUCGUAAACUUUUUGCUAUAAUGCUUCUUUCGAGUAGUGUAGCAGUUCCGAUCAACGACUGGAAUGCUACUUGGAAAAUAUUAACUGAGGAUUUCUUAUAUCAGAAAAGACGUGAAGAGAAUGACCCAGGUUUGGUGUUGACUGAAGCCAUAUAUAAGAAUCUUGGUUUGUCAGAUAUAGAGAAAUAUAUGCGCAGAAACGGUCAUUCAUUAUCCGACUAUAAAGGAGAGAUGCCAGUCCCUGAUGAUAUUGGAAAGUAUAAGAAAUCAAAUCAUCUAAUCCGGGAUGAGAAAUCAUACGAUCGUGCAAAACUUGCAAACGAUCAUGUCAAGUUAUUUUCAACAAUAACCAAUGAACAGAAGGAUAUCUACAAUGAGAUAAUGGAUGCAGUUACAAGAGGUAUCGGUGGAAUGUUUUUUGUUUAUGGAUAUGGUGGGACAGGUAAAACGUACCUAUGGAGGCUUUUAGGCGCUGCUCUUCGUUCUCAAGGAAAAAUAGUUCUCAAUGUUGCAUCAAGUGGCAUUGCAGCAUUGUUAUUAGAGGGAGGAAGAACAGCGCAUUCUCGGUUUGGAAUACCCAUAGUUGUGAACGAGUAUACAUUCUGUAAUGUGAGUUCUGGAUCACACCAAGCAGAGCUGAUUGAAGCAGCCGAUCUUAUUAUAUGGGAUGAGGCUCCGAUGAUGAGCAAGCAUUGUUUUGAGACAUUGGAUCGGACUAUGCGUGAUAUACUAAAGUGUGAUAAGGUCUUUGGUGGAAAGGUCGUUGUUUUGGGUGGUGACUUUCGACAAAUACUCCCUGUUAUUGUCGGAGGCAAUAGCUCAGAGACUAUAUUGGCAACUGUGAAUUCUUCUCAUAUUUGGUCUGAUUGCAAAGUUCUGCAGCUAAAGACAAAUAUGAGACUGUUUCGUGGCGAUAAUGAUUUUAAUAAUCAAGAAAUUGAAGAAUUCGCCAAGUGGAUCUUGGAUGUUGGUGAUGGAAAACUAAAUAUUCAUGAUACCAUGGAAGAUGAAUUAGAAAUUCCAGCGGAUUUGCUGAUAAGCGGAGAAGGUGAUCCUUUUUUUUUUCAGGAAAGGGCAAUACUCAGUCCAUGGAAUCAGGAUGUCGACGUUAUCAAUGAAUUCAUGCUAUCAGAACUCAAAGGUGAGGAACAUGAAUACCUAAGUGCCGAUAGCAUUGAUACUUCAGACACAAGCAAAAUAGACGAAGUCGUCUAUACACAGGAGUAUCUUAAUAGUAUAAAGGUUUCAGGGCUGCCAAAUCAUUCUCUCAAGUUAAAGAUAGGAGCUCCAAUAAUGUUGCUUAGAAAUAUUGAUCCUAACGGUGGUUUGUGUAAUGGUACGAGGUUGCUUAUUACUCGGUUAGCUAGGCAUUUAAUCGAGGCAAGCCAUAUAACCGGUAAGAAAAUAGGAAAAAAGGUUAUCAUACCUAGAAUGUUUGUGUCACCACCAGAAGCAAGGUUUCCUUUUAGAAUGCGCCGGAGGCAGUUUCCUAUUACCAUAGCUUUUGCUAUGACUAUAAACAAAAGUCAGGGUCAGACUCUACAAAAGGUAGGAUUAUAUUUGCCAAAGCCAGUGUUCUCGCAUGGUCAACUUUAUGUCGCCGUCUCUAGAGUUACAUCACGCCAAGGGUUGAAGAUUCUUAUUACAGAUGAGAAUGGCAAAGCACAAAAGAAGACAAUGAAUGUUGUUUACAAAGACGUGUUUGAAAACAUUUAUAGAAAUUCGCGGUUGGUUUGA